GAAGAACUGUUCUGUUUAUUCUGUGGUUCCGUGCCCAACCAUUUAACCAAACAUUUUAUGAAAACAAAAGUUCCGAGUUAUGUAUAUUUACAUUAUAUGCACAUGAGACAUAAAUUGCCUUAUAUGGACUACAUGGGUGAUAAGUUUUUAAUAUAUUAGGAGAUUAAUUUAACUUCAAAUAGGGACCAAAUUAAUGUUUCUGAAGAUAAUAGUUAUAAUAAAAUGAGAAUAUUAAUACUCUGAUGAAAAUUUAAGCAAUUAAGUUAAACAAUGGAAGUUCUAAUCAAACAGAAGGUAGUAUGGCUUAAAAAUAAUGAGAAAAAUGAAUUUUUACCAAAUGCUAUGGUCAAUUGGAUUAAAGAAGGAUCUCCUAAAACAAACAUUGACGAUGAACAUAAUUUUUGUGAUAAGGACAUUUUGUAUGGAAUACAAAAGGGAAAAGAAAUAUUUGACAAAAUGGAUUUUAUGGUAAUAAUACAAGCAAGGACCAGAGCUAAUCCAUUUGAAUCUAUACGGUCAGCAUUUUUUAUGAACAGGGCUGCUUUAAAAAUGGCAAAUAUCGAUUCAGCUACAGACUUUUUGUUUACCGAUAUUCAAAGAAAUGACCAUUUCCUUGGUAAUGAAGGACCAUUUUAUUUUGCAGACGUUUGUGCUGGACCUGGUGGAUUUACAGAAUAUAUUUUAUGGCGAACGGGCUGGAUAUAUAAAGGUUUAGGAUUUACAUUGAAAGAUGCACAUGAUUUUAAAUUAAACGAAUCCACAUGUACUUCAUCGGCAACUUUUCAGGCUUUAUAUGGGAAAAAUGAAGACGGAAAUAUUUGUAAUCCUGAAAAUAUCAGUGAUUUUAAGGAAAAAAUAUUAGCUGAAACAAAUAAUAAAGGAGUUCAUUUUAUGAUGUCGGACGGGGGAUUUUCUGUAGAGGGCAAUGAACAUUUUCAAGAAGUUCUAUCCAAAAAUAUAUACAUAUGCCAAUGUCUGGUAGCACUUGAAAUUGUAAGAAAACAUGGAAAUUUUGUAACAAAACUGUUUGACGUAUUUACACCUUUUAGUAUUGGUUUACUAUACUUAAUGUAUCAAUGUUUUACUAAAGUUUCAAUUUUUAAACCAAAUGCUUCACGACCUGCAAAUUCAGAAAGAUAUUUUAUAUGUCAAAAUUUGAAAGAAAAUUCUCAGGUCAAUUUUAUUAAAGAAUAUUUAUGGAAAGUUGUAAAACGAUUGUGGGAAUUUUCCACUAAAAAUGAAACAAAUAUAGAUAUAUUAAGUAUAGUUCCUUUGGAAGUAAUUAUUGAAAACAAAUGUUUUUAUGAUUACAUUGUUGAGAGUAAUAAUAACCUGGGUCUUAAGCAGAUUAAGGCACUGCAAAAAUUAAGGGAAUUCUGUCUAGAUCCAUUAUUAAUUGACCCAAGACAAGAAGAGUUAAAGGAAAAAUCCCUAGAAUAUUGGAAGCUACCAAAUAAAAUUAAAAUAUUAAAACCCCUAACUACUGAAGUUAAAGUACCAUUGUGGAAACAAGAGUUGCUAGUUCAGCCCAGAGAAAUUUGCAAUGUUAAACACCUUGAAUUAACUUUAAAUGAUGUAGAAGAUUGGUUCUACUGCCCUAUGUACUGUCCGAAGAAUAUAAGUAAUUGUUAUUUUUAUGCAGGUGUUGGGUAUACAAAAGUAUAUCGCUUUCAAAAAGAUAAAUGGGUUAAAGUAAAAAACUUGCAAUUAAAUAAAGGAACGUUACUUUAUGCGGAAUUUGUAAAAGAAAAAAACACUUAUAAUGGAAACUCCAAAACUUUUUUUAAAUAUAGUUUACACGUAAUAGAUGCUGUAAGCCUGGGUGAAAAAAUUUUAACAAAUUUAAAGUUUUUUGAAAGAAUUAAAUUUUUGGAAAUAUAUUGCAAAGCUGUUAACAGAGAAUAUUAUGAAAAUUCGGUUAGACUUAGAAUAAAGCCAAUGAAACCUUUACCAAGUCUUAUAUCUGAACCAAUAAUUAAAGAAACCAAAAAUCUUCAAUUUUAUUGUGACUUACCAGUUAUUGGAUAUAAAUCUGAAAGUGAAUCAUUUGAAGUAAAUUCGUUACUUCUUCUAAAAUGUAAUAAUAAUCAGUCAUUUUAUUCUACUUAUGUACUAAGGGUCCUAAUAUAUUUAUCAAAUGGAGUCGGAAGUGAAAGCAAAAUUAAAAUAAAAUCGCUUGAGGACUACAUUUUAAAUAAAAUGUAAUUUUUGACCAAUUUUAAAUAAAAUCUUAAAAUGAAAUUUUGCAUUAUUUU